CCAAUCAGUGGUAAGGGAGCGUGGCUUCCAUCAUUGCUAGGCGCUGCUGCUGGGGUGGGUAUCAAUUCAGCUGCAAGGCUCCUGGGAUGCUGACACAGCACAGCUGGGAAAAUAUGAAGAUCUUGUGGCUGGCAGCGGUGGCGUGGUGUGUCCUAGCACCUCCAGCGCAGGCCAGCAAGAGCUCGGAGGACAUCCGCUGCAAGUGCAUCUGCCCCCCAUACCGGAAUAUCAGUGGGCACAUUUACAACAAGAAUGUGUCACAGAAAGACUGCAACUGCCUGCACGUGGUGGAGCCGAUGCCAGUGCCAGGGAAUGACGUGGAAGCCUACUGCCUGCUGUGUGAGUGCAAGUAUGAGGAGCGCAGCACCACCACCAUCAAGAUCAUCAUCAUCAUCUACCUCUCAGUGGUGGGGGCACUGCUGCUGUACAUGGCCUUCCUCAUGCUGGUCGACCCCUUGAUCCGGAAGCCAGACGCCUACACCCAGCCCCUGCACAAUGAAGAGGAGAACGAGGAGGCCCGCUCCCUGGCAGCAGCUCCCGCUCCCACCGGCGCCAGAGCCAACACAGUGCUGGAGAGGGUGGAAGGAGCCCAGCAGCGAUGGAAGCGCCAGGUGCAGGAGCAGAGGAAGACGGUUUUUGACCGACACAAGAUGCUGAGCUAGAGCAAGCCGGGCAUGAAGUGACAGCCCGCUGGGGACAGACAGCUGCAGCGUAGUGGGGAUAGGCCAUGUCUGUCUCACCCAAUAGGACCCCCACAGUGUUUGGUUUGAGCCCCCCAACCCAUCCUCCCCACUGUAUUGGCUUUCAUAGAGCAAACAAGGCCAAAGUGCCUGCCCAUGACUGUGCCCUCUACCCCCUUUGCAGCCUAAGCCAGAGGCACCCUGAGCUUUGCCCAGCUGAGGGCCCCAUUGACAACUGCCCUCAAAUGGCCCCAAAGGAAUCCCGGUGCAGCCACGGUCAUCCUUAAUAAGGAGACUGGCAGAGACUACAGCUCCCAGCAUGUACUGCUCCAGCUAGAAUCCAGCGGUCAUGACAGAAUGCUGCACGCUGGGACCUGUCAUUUCUGCCAGCUGCACCUUGGUGUUAAAAGUUGUGGCAAAGGUGGGACCCAGUUUUCAAACUCCCUUGCCUGCAUUUGGCGCUUUGCGUGUCCCUCUCCGGGGGCAUGUCACAUGGCAUGAAAUAGCCUUGAGCGAGGGCAUUGUAAUCACUGGGGAAUCCCUGUCCCUUGCCUCUUCCUUUGAGCUAUCGUGUAACAAUCUGCAGCCUGGAGAAGUCAAAGAAAACUAUUUAAUGAAACAAAGCUGGUUUCAGCGCAUUCCUGGCUUACAAGGGAGACAGAUACCUCAGCACACGGCUUCUGCCAAACCUGUUCUGCCACUGUGCUGUCAAGACACAGCCCACUGGUCUUAGCUGAGGGGCUGUGAACCAGAGAAACCAACAAGGGAGGAAAGCUUGUGUCGGUGCUGGAUGAAAUAAGCCAGUUCUGUACAUGUGGGAGCUAGGGUGCAGCUUGUCCUCCCGUAGAGCUCAUUUUCAACAGGAGGCGGGAUUAUUGAUUAUUUAUGGAUAUUAUUUACACUGUCUCCCAGUUCUACUCCAUGGCAGGGCACCAAACAUUCUACCCUGUACCACAGGGAGCCAGACUCUCACCUGGGGUAAAUUGGUAUAGUUCCACUACGGUCAGUAGAGCUACCUUCAUUGACAGCAGCAGAAGAUCUGGUCCCAGAGCCUUUUCUGUAAGGACGCUGCUCUGGACACGAGAGGCCUGGUUCUCCUGUCAGGAUUUGCACUGCUGUGACUGAGAGGAGAAUCCAGUCCUUUGAAUUCAGCUGCUGCUCUCAUUUACUCUGGUGUAAAUCCGCAGUAACUCCACCGACCUCAAUGGGGUCUCUCCAGAUCUACACCAGCGUCACUGAGAUCAAAGUCUGGCUCCCCAGCCUUCUGUCUAACUCAGCAUUGUGAAAUUGACGAGCGUUGGGUACUAACAACCCAAGGAGCCCUGGAGCGGGGGAGGAAAGGCCUGAUUCUCAUUUACCCUAAGGCCAUUUUACUCCACUUUAGCCCUGCACUGUGGGAGUAAGUUACAGGCCUGUUUACACUGGCAGAGCGAGGCACAGGGCCAUUAGUGUCAAUGAGACUUUAGAACAGAGGUUUCACUAUGUUUAGCAGGUCUGGAACCUAAGCCCCUCCUGCUCUCUGGGUCACAGAGCCCUGAACAUUUACUAAAGAUGCACUUCAGUUUCUGUAAUGCAUAGAAGAAACUGUCUGAGAUCUUUGAUUAUGGUAAGUAUUCCUGCUGUGUGUGAGAAAGCGAAGUAAUUAAUUGGUGUAUUUAUUCAUCUGUUACUCCAAUUUGUUUUCCCAUCAAGAAAGUUUGCUAAGUGCUUGAGUUUUGUUAUCAUGUAGCAUCACUUCUUUAAACAGAAACAGGGAUGGCUUCUUUAAACACAAAGAAGGAUGUGUGACUGGAGUGGCUUUUUUUAACUGAAUACCUUUGCUGUGUAAGAAUUAAAAUAUUCUAUGCUA